ACAAAAGAUUGCGUGAAAGUUGCUCAUGAAGAAGUGCGCGCAUGCGAGCCCAUUCAAACCCGCGGACCUGAAUUAAAACUUCAUUAUCACUGUAAAGAACUUUCUGUUUGAGAUCUUAUUCAACUCACUUUCAUUCAAGCCACAAUGAUGUCAUACUGCUGGAUCUUCAUCUUGGGAAGUUUAAUCGUCACUGGAGUGAAGACGCAAGAAGAUGAAGGUGAAGAGAAAACCGAGACCCCCGCAGACGACGCUGCACCAGAGGAAGAGAUACAAUCACCAGCGGCGUCAGAAGAUGGUGAUGAUGACGCAGCGCAGGAUUUAGACGAGCCCAAUGCCGAAGGAGAACCUUCAGAAGCUGUUACAGGAGAACCUUCAGAAGCUGAAGAGAAUACAGACACGGAUGUGGACGCCGAACAGCCGGUCACAGAGACUGUGGACGAGUCAGAAGCAGCUGGAGAGAAACCAGACGAUGCUGAAGUUCCUGCUGAAACAGCUGAGACUGACACGGCUGUGACAGAAUCAUCUCCUUCUGAUGAGUCUGAGGACGUUGAACCGGAGAUCCGUCCAGAGGAAGCUGCAGGAGAAACAAAAGUAGAAUCCGCAGAUGAGGAACCAACAGAAGAAGCAGAUGUAACAGAAGAACCCAAGGAAGAGGAAGUUAAUGAGUCAAUGACAGGUUUUCAUCUGUCGAAGGCUCUAGACAAUGAUGAAGCAGAGAAUGCAGUUGGAGAUUCAGAGAGAUCCAGUUCAGGUAAUGGCAAUGAAUCAGCGGGCGGUGGAUCUGGUACAGUGGUGGGUGUGGUGUGUGGAGUUGCUGUCGCGGCCAUCGCUGCAAUAGUCGGUUACUUCACUUUUCAGAAGAAGAAACUGUGUUUCAAAGCUCAGACAGGUGACCUGGAGAGCGCCAAACAUGAGAACGAAACAAAGAGUGAACCUCAGGUGUCAAGCAGUCUCCUGAAGUCAUCCUAAGAGAAGAGAGAAGACUAGAGGUCUGGAGGAUGCUGUGCUUUGGUUUACAUUGGAAAUGACAUGCACACAUCUUAAGACUGUCAAGAAUCUUCACAAACAAACAUUUGGUUUUAAUCAUUAAUCUGCAGUAAACCAGUGAACAACACAUCUCAACGUUGUUAUUCCUCAUUCACAGCCUUUCAGAAGAUCAUUUCUCGUUGCUUUGACUGCAGUUUUACUUCAUACAGAACUGCUUUUCAUUUAAGUUUUGUGAUGUGUGAGGUUUCAUUGCUUUAUAAAGUCUCGUGUAAUUUGAUAUAUUUCUAAUCGUACAGUUUGUUUGAUGUUAAGUUGUGGACGCAAACUCUCUCAAAAAAAAAUCUCACAAUUUUUCACAAACAAACAGAAUUCAUUGAAAAUUUUCAGUUUUUUACACUGUAAAUACUUGUAUUUCAAUAAAGGCUUGCUUAUGUUUACAUGGC